AUGACGCCUCCUCCACGACGAGUAAAGCAGUGGUUGACGGGGCAGAACGGGCUCGAUAAAUUGAGGAUGGAGGAGGUGGAUUGCCCGGCGCCGGGUGAGGAUGAGGUGCUUGUUGAAGUACAUGCUGUGAGUUUGAAUUAUAGGGAUACUGAAGUUGCUAUGGGACUCUAUAACCACCACAAGUCUGUCGAACAUCCCCCAGCGCUCGUCCCGUGCAGUGACAUGAGCGGAGUUGUAGUCGCUGUCGGCCCGAGCUCCAAGAACACCUCUGAUCCCCUCAAAAGCCCAACAUUCCGUCUCCAACCAGGCGAUCGCGUCAUCAGCACUUUCGCACCAACUCAUCUUAGUGGGCAAGUUCAGGCAGCAGAUGUUGCGAAUGGCCUGGGAGGCCCUGCGCCGGGGGUGCUCACCCAAUACCGCGUCUUCCCAACGUACGGACUCGUCAAGGUUUCAGAUUACCUAAGUGAUGAGGAAGCGAGCUGUCUCCCAAUCGCAGCGAUGACGGCAUGGAUGAGCCUGAAUUGCAUGAGGCCAACUGGCAAGAUAGUCGGACCGGGAGAAACAAUUCUUUGCCAGGGGACUGGCGGCGUCAGCAUUGCCGGGUUGCAAAUCGCUUCUGCGGCCGGUGCGGACGUCAUCGUCACCAGCUCCUCAGACGAGAAGCUCAAGCGCGCAGAGAAGCUUGGCGCCAAAUACCUCGUAAACUAUAAGACGCGGCCCGACUGGGAUGCCGCCGUCUUGGAGGCCACCUCCAAUGCCGGCGCCGACAUCAUCUUUGAACUCGGCGGUGCGCUCACGCUCCGCAAAUCCUUCGAGUGCGUCAAGUUCGGAGGUUUGAUUGCAUGCAUUGGAUAUCUAUCGGGAAAGCAGGACGAAGCAGGGGAUAGGACGAAUACGAAUUUGCUGUGUCUGAAGAGGAACAUUACGCUGAAGGGUAUAUUGAAUGGGCCAAGGGAUAAGCUGCAGGAAAUGUUGCAGUUUUAUGAGCAGAAGGGCAUUAGACCGGUUGUGGACCGCGUGUUCACAUUUGAGGAGGGGAAUGAGGCGUUGAAAUACCUGUACAGUGGAGGCCAUUUUGGGAAGGUGGUCAUCAAGGUCAAGAAUUAA